GGCAAGCUUGUUAAGAACUUCAGGGUAUUUCUAGUGAAUAAUAAAACAUUUAUUGAACUUGGCUCUCUUGAAGAAUUAUGCUUAUCUCGGAGGUUUUUAUCCACCGAGUCCGUAACAUCCUCCGUGAUCUGCAUAAGUCUUCACAUCAUACUCAGCCUCAUUGUGGGCAACAAAAGGAGCCCGCAGCCUAUUCUUGGUCAGCGACACUCUAUUAACUUUGUAGGGAGAUUUUUCCCGGAUGUGUCCACAUUCUUCAGAUGCCCGUGUUGCACCAAGUAAUAUGCAUGGUAUGUGGACGCGAAGGCCCUGGUGUUGAGUUUAAGGUCCGUGAGGGGGGAGGGGGGAGUGGGGCUACUCUUAGGCUAGGCGUGUGUGUGUAAGUGUGUGUGAUUUUUUACUGACGCAACGCAACUAUAGUAAGUAAAUACUUCGAAUUAAUGAAGUCAAUAUUUUCAAUGACAGUUUUGAGUGGAAAUUCGAUGAAGCAUCUUGUUUCAAACAAGGCAGAAAGAGAACAGACUGUUUGUCAGGCGUGGAUAGAAACAAAUCCAAAUUCAGUCUCCCUUUGGAUUGUCUUAAGUCCAGACGCACGUGUGAAUUCUCCGUUAAGGUGAAGAAAGAUUCCAGACAGGCUUUGGCUUCCAAAUACCUCUACCUGGACAAAAAAGAUCCUCAUGUGUAAGUACAGUAUAUAUUCUGCAAAACUGGCCGUUAAAACAUCAUCGUAUGUAUCAAGAAAGCAACGCAUGGUUAAAUAUUAGGGAGCUUUAGCAACGGCGAUGGCAAGGAGAGCGUUGAAAAAGCAAUAGGUUUAUUAAGCAAAACAACAAGCAGCGCACUUUGCUUUACGUUACUUUACUUUGCCGUCACUGCUCGACUGGGACGUGAAAUUCCCCCAGGCGUCUUCUUACAGAGAAAGUAAACUCAACACGACGAAUGUUUCUUUCUCCUUCUAAACUUGGGUUUGGUCCCUAAGAAAAUUUGAUUUCAGGAAAAUUUACCAAAUGGCAAUAAAAAUUGAAAAAAGUGAAGUCCUUUUGAUGGUGACGUUUUUGUUGCCGUCGGCCGAGUCAACUUUCGUAAAGGCUUUUGGGACUUUUACUGGGGACAAUGGCCCCGUGGGGGGAGUACUUUAGGAAUUUCUGGGUGGGGAUGUGCCGCUGGGACCCUAGAACCCUUAACCUAUACCAUAGCUAGUUCAGCUGAAUUUUGCUACCCUAUAUUUGAGUAAACUCCCCAAAUUCCCCCUAUCCUAGAGUAGCUGUUUCCCUAGUCUAGAUAAAAUCUUCAACCAACUGAUCAGUUUCCUGAGAAAUGAUACCCUAUUCUAGACCCAAACGCUAUAAUUUAUAUACCCUAUCCCUGGAGUAAACUGCUUGAAAACCAUACCCUUCACAGUGGCACAUACCUAUAUAGCCCAUAUAUGGCAGUACGCCCCCCCCCCCCGGGACAAUGGCCAAUAGGGGUUUGACGAUCCGAGACUGGAAAAACGUAAAUUCACUUUUAAAGCGACGUUUUCGCUGCCAUCGUGUCGUCGGAUCGUACAGUAUUUAAUACGAAACUACGACGGCAACGGCAAAAAGUUAAUAGGUUUAGCUAGCAAAACAACAACUGCACGUAACGUUCAUUAUACUUUUUUUGUACAUUUCUUUGCUGUCCCUGCACAACUACGACGUGAAAUAAGACUAAAUUUUAUGUUUAAGUGAGGCCGGGAACGGUCAGGCCUUAAUUUCUACCAUUUCUGCCUGAACUUGGGCGCGGUCCCCUCUCUUCGCGAAAUUGUUUGAAAGGAUGCGGAGUCUAAUUUUUCAGUGACGUUUCCAUGGACGUCAUUGUUGUCGGAUCGUAAGGUCCCUAAUAACUCACCGGCGCGUCCCUAUUAGUGAUCCCAGAAGUCUUUGCGAAAGUUACCUUGGUCCAGUUUCCUUCUUGUUUCUAAAGUUGCCAUGACACAGCUAGAAUAUCCACCUAAUCGAAUUCAACGUGGAGCACAUUUUCAACCAAUCAGAAGCAUUUCCCAGAUCUGUGUAGUGACACGUUAUAAGUAUGAAUUUUCUGCACUUGUUUCGCAGGGAAACCAUUGGGUCGGCUGUUUUCUCAGGCUAGGAGCACUGCGGGGACCAGCCAUUUUAAUGACUAAAAAAAUUAUGUAUAUAUAUAUACGGCCGGCAAAUCUCAGCGAGCAACCGCCAUGGCGGAUAACGGUGUAGUGUAUCCCUCUUACGUAAUUGAUUUUGUUUGCAUUGUUGCCCACGAGAAACAGUUUUAUUGUUUUGAAGUCAUAUGACCUCAAAGAACCAAUGAGGAUGCACGGCAGGAGGAAAAACUGAUACCAUUCGCCAUUUGCACUUUUCAUAAUACACCUUGUUCCUCUCCGCCUUAAAUUGUAUUUUGCCUAACUUUUGUUUUAAAUUUCUCCCGGGUAUUACAGUCGUCCCAAGAGAAAUUGAGGACAAUACCUAAACACACAAUUUUGGUAGGCAAACAAGGUAAGUUAUGGGAGAUUUGCAAAUGGCGAAUAUAACAAUUCUUUUACUUUUUUCAGGCUGUCUACAAACUGCCCUCAGUGUGUUAAAGGACCUAUUAAUCCACGUUCACCUCUGAUUAUAACGGGGCUUUGUUCAUCAUGUCAACAUUCCAAUAUCUCAUACGAAUGGAAGCUGUUUCAUGUGGGAAAAUCUAAACUGCAGAAGGAUGAAGAGUGCAAAGCAAACUUACUUGUAAGCACUGGCAGGACAAGUACUCAAUCACCAAUUUCAACACUUGCAUUUUCGACCACGCAAAUUCCUCCAACUACAAGGCCACAGGCCGGUCAUAAGCCCAGGUCCUUCCAGCGAACUUAUGCGAAGUUUUCCAGUGGCGAUAUCUGUGAGGAUCCUGACGAGAUGAUGCGCCCUAACCUGGUUCCAUCCCCUCGGCCGCAUAAUCUGGGCAGUAGUGGUGGAGGUGAUAGUGGUGGCAAUAAAAAAACCACCAAAAGGCCUGUGUCCACAAAGGCGAACACUACCGAUGGUGCUGCUAGUCAUGAUGACGACGACUCCGAGUAUGGGGAUAUUUAUGACCCAUUGAUAGUACGCACGAACACUACCGAUGGUGCUACUAGUGGUGAUGACCCCGAGUAUGAGGAUAUUUAUGACCCAUUGA